UUUUAUAAAGCACCAGAGCAAGGCUUCAGGUCUGCAGAACACCUGGAUUCCUUGCAGAAAGAAAGUGUGCCUGGAAGCCCUAUCAGCUUUCUUCUGCAAUGAAGACCUGGCUCCUACUCGUGCUGGCAGGCGUGGCCUGUAUCUUGGUAGCUGGAGCUUUAGCCGAUGACGAUGACAGUAAGGAUGACACUAAGGAUGACAGCAAGGAAAACAGCAAGGACGACAGCAGAGGCAACAAUGAUGAUGGCGACAAUGAUGACAAGGAUGACAAAAGUGACAAUUAUUAUCUCAAGAUAAAAACAAAGGAAAAAUGCAUAAAAGUUGGCAACAAAAAUCUGUGUCGUCCAGCAUAACAGACCUACUACAAUAACUGGCUACAUGCUUUAAGAGAUUCUGAGGGGAAAAGAGACAGAGGAGAUCAUGCAUCUGAUUUGACAAGAAACACGUUGGACUUGCACUAACCAGUCUGUGAUGGAAUGAGUGAAAACUGUUCCCUUCUGUGGAAGUUCUAUGAAGACACCAUAUACAAAAUAAAGAAAGAAAGAAGCCUGUUAUUG